AAUGGAAAAGAUAUUUCAUAUUGAUUCAUAUGAAAAGACUAAAGAAUAUAUUGAACAAUUUUCGCAAACGAUGAAAAAUUUAAAUCUUUCGUAUUCUAUUCAAACAGAUUUAUGUAAUGGUAUUCAAUCAUCUGGAAAAUAUAACAUUGCUCUUAAUAAAGCAAUAGAACAUAAUGGUGUAGUACACUCUAAUCAAAAUUUAGGUGGUUGUACACAAAUAAUUACUCAUGUUGAUUCUACUCAAAUUUGGAUUACUAUUGAUUUGGUUAAAAUAUAUACAACAAGACAAUUGGUUAUAUAUCCUUCAGAUAUUCCAGGAUAUGACAGAAAAAUUGAAAUAUCAGCUACAAACUCUUCUCAUCCACUUUCUUCUCCUAAUUUAUGUCUUGAAGAUGAUGACAAUGAUCAAGACAACAAUUUUCUAAUUUUAACAAGUGAAUUCAUUUCACUUAUUGGAUCAAGUGGAUAUCAAUCUAAAAUUGCAUUAAAAAGUAUAAAUAUCAUUGGAAUGUUCAUAUCUGAGCCAGAUUUGGUAAACAUUGCUAGAGGAAAACCUUGUUGGUUAUCCUCAACUCAUUCCAAUCAGAAUGACAAUGAAUGGCCAUUUUAUGCAACAUUCGCUACCGAUGGUUUUAACGCAUACUAUAUGGCUGGUAGUGGAUUAAACUUACCAAUGAAAUGGAUGUUUAUUGAUCUUCUUGAUACUUUUACAAUAGAUUAUAUUUGUAUCCAUAGAACUUUUCACAGUUCACACAAAUAUCAACAACUCCAGUUUAAAUUCAUGCUGAAUCAUAUGAACUUUAACCCAUAUGAAAAACUAGCAACUUCUGAUUGUUCCAAUGUAAAUGGGGAUGGUGAACGUGGUGGUACAGUUCGAUGGCUAUGUACAAAUAGUCUAAACUACAGUCGAUUUCUAUUCAUUCAAGAUUCUGUUACAAGUCAGUUGGAGAUUUUUGAAAUAUUAGCAUAUGGAAAGAGAUAUUUAUUCAAGAAUAUAGAAGAGAUUCCAUUAAUAGAAGCAAUUUCAAAUGAAUUAUCUGUAUGGGACCCUACAAAUUCUCCUUUAAAAGUUAUAGAUGGGAAUUUUUAUAAUAUUGAAAGUGUACCAAAAUAUUCGUCUUGUUCAAAGAUAUCAUCAACUGGAGAUAUAAUUCUUACAUUUAAAUUUGAUCAAAUUUAUCUUGUUGAUCAUGUAAUCUUUCAACCAUUUUUUGAUGUAGAAAUUGAUCCAAUGAAUAUUUCUGUAUUUACUGUAAUUACAAAUGGAUAUUACUUUAAAUAUCUAUGUAGCAAUUUCACAACAGCUAAAACAACAUUUGCAUCUCUUAUAGAGGUGAAAUGUACUCAGCAAUUUUUGGGAAAUGAAUUACUUGUUAUAAAGAGUAUGGAUCCUACAUCAACCACAAAUGAAUUAAAGCUUUGUGAAGUUAAGGUAUUUGGAAAGAAACAAGGUAACAAACAUAAAAAUAGACACACACAAAAAUGUCUUUAA